AUGGAAUCCAUCACAACAAUUUCACAAACAGAGCAAACUAUCGAUUCCUCUCAAUUAACCCGUCGCCGGAAAAUAUUUGGCACGUGUAAAGGUUGUUCUCAACCAAACACAAAUUUUAAUGAAUGCGAUGCGUGCGAAACUUGGGUGAAACAACAACAAACAAAACUAUUGGAGCUACAAAUCGAAAUAGAUGAUCGUAAGAACCGUAUAAAUCAACAAACUUGUAAUAAUUGCGAUCAACCAAAACAUGUUCAUCAUCAUAUUGCUGCUUGUGGUGAUUGUGGUUAUCCGGAAAUGAAAGCUGAAGAUUUAUAUGAAUUUGCUAUUUGUAAGGAAGAUGAAGAUAGUGAUGAGGAAGAGGAUGGUUGUGGAAUUAAAAUAUCUGAUUUAUCUUGUCCUAGAUGUGAUUCAUCUUUACAAGCUUUUCUACAGUGUCCGGAUUAUACUGAAGUGGUUGAGAGAAUAAGGUUGGAAUUGAAUGAAAUGAAAUAUGAUGACCCUGAUUAUCGAAAGUUGGUUGAAGUUAAAGAG